AUGGCCAAUACCCAGGUUACGCACCGUCAAGCAUACCGACGUACCGAUGAUUUCACGCCUGGCACACCAAAACUGAAGCUCGUCAAUGAGCCUGUACAACUACCUUUGGAUCCGACGGGCGUUCUGGUCAAAGUUCAUGCUGUAUCUCUUAACUACAGAGACGCCAACAUUUCAAACGGUGGGAACCCGUGGCCUGUGACGCCGAACGGCAUUAUCUGCAAUGACGCAGCUGGAGAAGUCAUUGCGGUUGGCGACAAAGUGAAGUCCUUGAAGGUUGGAGAUCGUGUAGCCCCCGUCAUCGACACGGAGUACAUCACUGAACGAUCAACAGGACGGUCCUGGCUUGCGGCGAAUGAAGAUGGAGUGCUGGCGAGCUAUAUCAUGUACGAUGAAGAGAUUUUUGGCAAAUUGCCUACUUACUUGGAUUGGGAGAGUGCUUGCCUGAUUCCUUGCGCAGGCGUAACAGCUUGGGCUGCACUCAGAGGUGUUGGGAUUGGUAAAAGUGUGUUGAUUCAAGGUCUGAGAGUCAUUUUAAGUUCCUCGAGCGACGAAAAGCUCGAGAAGAUGAAGCAGCUCUUUCCAACUCCGCCGAUAUCAACUGUCAACUAUGACAGGAACCCCGAAUGGCAUGAAGAAGUCCUAGAACUCACGGAUGGAAUUGGUGUAGAUCUCGUCGUGGAAAAUGGCGGGGCUUCGUCGUUGGUCAGGAGUAUGAUGUGUACGCGACGUGGUGGGAUUGUGAGUCAAGUCGGGUAUCUCGGCAAGCAGAAGCCGGAAGACCUCAAAGACUUUAUAUCGACAAUCAUCGAUAGAAGAAUAACAUUGAGGGGCAUUAAUGCUGGAUCGAAGUUCGACAUGGAAGAUCUUUGCGCAGCGUUGUCUGCAACGCGUAUGGACCUCAGCGAUAUCAUAGACACUGUUUAUGCUUUCGACAAAGCUGAGGAGGCACUACAGUCACUCUGGGAAGGAAAAGUACAAAUCUGUGUGCUUGAUGACGUUCAUCGCUCAUUCGACAACUUCUUCUGCGGCAAGGCAGGCGAGACUGCCUGGUACAAGCACGCCAGCUUUAGAACCACAACCGGGUACACUGUUUCAAUCAAGAUCUCAAGGAUGGAUCAGCUGCCACCAGAGCUGAUCGAACAAAUACUUAGCCACUUGCCUACGGCAUCUGCAAUCACUAAUCUGUCUCAAACAUGCCAGAAGUUACACGAUGUUAUCAAGAAAGGAGAGAACAGCAUAUGGCACACCUUCGCGCAAAGACAGUUUCCUAGCAUAGGUGCAGACCCACCCUGGAGAGAGACGGCCUUUAAUCUGGCUUCUCGCGCCCGAGCUUUCGACAGAAGGGCCUUCAUUGCCAGAGAAUGCGCGCCGCCACGUGACGAUGGAUCAACUCUCGUUCCGGUUCACAGAGGCCAUCAUUUCGGCUUCAUGCCAGUCAUCGACAGCUACAAUACUUCUGCCGCUGAGGGUGGUAGAGAAGUAUUAGCUUGGGGAGCAGCAGGACGUUUGAGACUUCGCACCACGAAGGGUAAAGACGUCAAAUGGUCAUCAUACAGUAUCCCAGAUGAUGCCAAUCCGCACACUGAUAUCUUGGAUCUGCACCUGCUUCGACCACGACAGAAUAGGAACAGAUUUGGCGAAUCUAUUCUCAUUCGACGGGCAAAUCGAGAAAUUGCACUGCUCAAUGCCAUGCCUGAGAAAGACAAUUGGGUUCCAGCCUCGAAAUACGUUGUCAAAGCCGAUACCACGCUUGACUGCGUAGACGUGAAUCAGGCUGUAGAUCCUCUACUCGCUGUUUGCGAUUCCAAGGCCGUACAGCUGUUUCCAGUGCAUACUUCAAAAGAAACAAUGCAGGCUGACAAGAUUGUUCCGGUGGAAGUCGUGUCGACCACAAAGCAGCGCAAGAGAUGUGCGAAGUUCAUGUCUGAGGACAGACUAGCAGUAGCCACACAACAUCUGGAGGGGCUUCAGCAAGCACCGAUCGAGAUAUUCGAUAUCUCUCCUUCAGGCCUGGAAUCCGUGCCAAUCGCUGCGCUGCAGAUAUUCUCAGCGUAUACCACAGCCACGAAAGCUCCGACAGGUCGAAUUGGUGCAAAUUGUCUGGCGAAUGUGACCGACAACCCCGAUCGUGGGUCGCCACUCCUACUUUCUGGUUGGUCAGAUGGACUUGUACGGCUCUACGAUCUACGCAGUGGAAACAAUCCUGUUCGUGCGUUCGCAGACGCAGUGGACGAUGGUCAGAUCUUCUCCUUGUUGACAAUCGGCCAGGAACGUUUCCUUGCAGGUAGUCACCAAAAUGCCUGCCUGAAAGUAUUUGAUAUGAGGAUGGACGGUCAGGUGUACAGCUAUAGGCAAACAAGACCGAUCGAGCCACCGACUAGCUCGAAAAACGGCGCAGUUUCGACGCCUUCAGGCCAAUCUUCAUCUCGAUCUGCUCGUGGGUUGAACAUAUUCUUGGCCUUAACUGUACAUCGUGCGACGCAGCCAUGGCAACCACUACCAGGGCGACAGAAUAACGCUAGGCUCCCAAGAUAUCGUGGUAGCAUUUACAGCUUAUCGUCUCCUUCACCUAGCUCCAGGACCGUAUACGCCGGUAUUGAAAAUCAUGUGAUCCAAUUAGACUUUAUGAACACGGAUGACUGGCUGGUCAAUCGUGGUAAGGUCAGAAACCACUUGGAUGACCGGCCUGUUUUGAACCUAUCAUGUUACGAGAGACCUCGUAGGGGUCACGAAAGCACCGACAUUGUCCUGCUCCGCAAACAGAGAGACCUCGAAAUUAGUGCCUUGAAAGACCAAGAUAUUGAGCCCGGGUGGGAUGAACGAUGGAAGCUGGAGCAGCAACGUACGAGGAAGGGUAUGGCAGCUAGUUGGUGGCAGAGUCGAUCGUAA